AUGUCCGACUCAACCAUCGUCCUCAUCACCGGGGUUGCCCGAGGCCUCGGCAAAGCCCUCACAGAAUUCUACCUCGCGCGACCCAACCACACCGUAAUCGGCACAGUCCGGGACCCCGCCGCCCCAAACGCCCAAGCCCUGCUGUCCUCCGCACGCACGAGCGCCGCCCCCGGCUCAAAGCUUCACCUCCUCAAACUCGAAGCCACACACGCACCCGACUACGCCUCUCUGCCAUCUUCCCUCAAAGCCCUGGAGAUACCGCACCUCGACCUCGUCAUUGCGAAUUCGGGGAUCUCGUGCUCGCCCACGCCGCUUGCGACCAUCUCCCCCGAGGACGUGUUGCAUGGCUAUGAUGUGAAUACUGUUGGGACGCUGAGGCUGUGGCAGGCGACGCGGGAUCUGUUGGAGAAGUCGACGCGGGGCCCGAAGUGGGUGUCCAUGUCUUCGGGGGCCGGGUCGAUUGAGGGGGUCAAGACGUAUGGGACGCAGUGGUUUUCGAUGUAUGGGAUGAGUAAGGCAGGGAUGAAUUGGCUGACUGUCGCAAUCCACAACUCCGAGGAGUGGUUGACGGCUUUUGCUGUGCAUCCUGGACUCGUCCAAACAGACAUGGGAAACAAGGGCGCGCGCGAGUUCGGUAUGGAGGAGGCGCCAAACACCAUCGAAGAGGCGAUUACAAAGACUACAGCCAAGAUUGACGAGGCCACCCGUGAGGCGACGUCGGGUAGAUUCUGGAACGUUAUUGAUGGGACGGAGUGUCCUUGGUAG